GUCUCUACAGCCAUGGAGAGGAGCAAUCACACAGUCACAGAAUUCAUCCUGGUGGGCUUCACUACAGACCCCACGAUGCAGCUGGUCCUCUUUGUGCUGUUCCUGGGAGUGUACUCUCUCACCCUGGUGGGAAACACCACCCUCAUAGCCUUGAUCUGCAAUGACUCCAGGCUACACACACCCAUGUAUUUUUUCAUUGGGAAUCUUUCUUUCCUGGAUCUCUGGUAUGCCACUGUCUACACCCCAAAGAUCCUAGUUAUAUGCAUCUCUGAAGACAAGAGCAUCUCCUUUGCUGGCUGUGCAGCUCAGUUCUUCUUCUCAGGUGGACUGGCCUACACUGAGUGCUACCUGUUGGCUGCCAUGGCUUAUGACCGCUACAUGGCCAUCUCUAAGCCUCUGCUGUAUGCUCAGGCCAUGCCCAUAAAGCUCUGUGCCUUUUUGGUCAUGUCCUCCUACCUUGGUGCCUUUAUAAACUGUUCCAUCAUCUCCAAAAGAAUUUUCACCAUGAACUUUUGUGGGGACAAUGUCAUAGAUGAUUUCUUCUGUGAUUUACUACCGCUGUUAAAGUUGGCUUGCGGCAGAAAGUUAGACUACCAACCAUUACUGUAUUUCCUCCUGGCCUCCAACGUCAUCACCCCCACAGUGCUCAUCCUGGCCUCCUACCUCUUCAUCAUUGCCACCAUUUUGAGGAUCCGCUCCACCCAGGGCCGUCUCAAAGCCUUCUCCACGUGCUCCUCCCACCUGCUCUCUGUCACUCUAUAUUAUGGCUCCAUUCUCUACAUCUAUGCCAUCCCCCGGUCCAGUUCUUCUUUGGGCACAGACAAAAUAGUUUCUACAUUUUACACUGUGGUAUUUCCCAUGUUGAAUCCCAUGAUCUAUAGUCUGAGGAAUAAAGAUAUAAAAGAGGCUUUGAAUAAGAUAUUUAAAUAA